ACAAGAUGACAACUAUACAAUAUUCAAACGCGUGAUAUUUUUUAUGUAUUAUAUUCGGAGAGGUUGUACGGACGAGUUUUGUGAUAAAUUUCCUACAUCCUAAAUCCCGGAUGGCGUUCGAGAAACCCGCUAUCGUAUUAGAUAACGGCAGUUACAUUAUGAAGGCAGGAUUUGCAUGCGAUAACCACCCGGUAUCGAUGUUCCGAACCUUAGUAGGACGCCCGAGCUAUUUGCACGGCAGCUACGGCCGGGAACCCUACGACGUCUUUAUUGGCGACGAUGCGAUCGCCAAAAUAGACGACCUGGAAUUGACUAGUCCCAUAGUAAACGGAAAAAUAAUACACUGGGACAACAUGGAGAGGAUAUGGCAUCACGUUUUCUAUAGGGAGCUGAAGGCCGCGCCGGAAGACAGGGCGGUCAUGUUGGCUUGUGGCAACUCUUCAACCAUAGACGAAAAAAUAAAAUGCUGCGAAGUAUUUUUCGAAGUACUAAAUUCCCCUGCGCUUUGCAUUCAGUCACAGAGUGUUUUAUCGAUGUAUGGUUCCGGUUUUACGACCGGUAUUUGCGUUGACAUCGGUCAUGACACUACCGACAUAAGUCCGGUGUUCGAGGGUGGUCAAAUAAAAUAUGCUCACAUCCAGACGGGCCUGGCAGGCGUUCAAAUAUCGAACUAUAUAAAACGAAGUUUGCUUGAACGUGAUUUAGCAGACGCCAUUAAGAGUCCCACCGAUAUCGAUAGUAUAUUAAGAGAAUUGUACAUAACCCGUGAUGCAGCUAUGCCAAGUAGCUGUUACGAAAGACGGCUAAAUAGUCCGUGUGGCGAUAUAGAGCUUUGCAAUGAAGCGUUUAUGGCUGGUGAAAUGCUAUUUCAACCAGAUGUUAUAAUGGAAAAGAAAACGAAUUAUUUACCCCUGCAUGACGCGGUCGUGACGGCGUCAAUGAAGUGUGAUUCGGAGAUUAGUUCGGAAUUAUAUGAGGCAAUUGUUCCUUGUGGUGGAUUAGCGAUGAUUCCAGGUCUUAAUGCGAGAUUACAAACAGAGCUAGAGGAACAGCUUAACCGACCUGUCAAUAUUUUAUCAUCACCCGAGGCGUACUCUAUAUCCUGGUUGGGUGGCGCCACCUUUGCUGGACUCCCUGACGCUAAGAAAAUGUGGGUGACUCAAAAACAGUAUGAGGAAUACGGUGUUAAAAUAAUAAAGAAUAAAUUUAUGUGACAAUAAUUACGGAAUUACAACUCCAAUCAUUGAUAAAUAAAAUAUAGAAAAACAUAAUACUUCACGUCUCUCCGUGUAUAAUUGGAUUGCACUGUUUCUGCGAUACACUUUUUAAUACGCCAGUUGUUAAUCUGCUAAUUAUUAUCUGAUACAUGCAUGCAUAUUUUUUUAUAAUAUUUGCCUUCAACGAAAGGAUACGAUUCAAAUAUCAAUUGGUGCACAUCGUUUAUUUGGAAGCAUGACCACGGGUUUGAGUCGCCUGCUUUAACCGCUAGGCCAUUAGUAAGUUUAUAUCAAAAUGUCAUUUAUUCAUCUAGGUACAAUUUGUACUUAUGUAUAUCAAUUUACGCCUUUCAUUAUCUUAUAGCGGCAUUAGUGUCCACACAUUGUUAUCAUCUUUGUAUUCUUGAACUGUGUAAUAUCAUUUUUUAUUAGGGUUUCCUUGAUGUAAGGUUUAAACUUAUGUACCGGAAGUUUGGUUACGUGAUCUGGAAUUUUCUUAUAUAUCUGUAUACAUUUCCCCAUGAAUGAGUGAGCAGUUUUAUGAAGUCUGAAAGCUGGAAAAGCAAGUCUAUUCCUACAUACCCAUUCUUGUGUUUAAAUUGUGACAGUCACUGAGCUUUAGCAAUGUAUUUAUAUUUUUAUAAACGUUCAUAAUAUUUUCAUACACAUAUUGGGAGGUAACUGUUAAAAUACUGAUUUCUUUAAAUUCACUUAGCAUUUAUAUAUGUACUGCUCUUUUUUGUAAUACAACAUUUAUCUUGAAUAUCGGCAGCUAAUAUAUAUAUGCUGUGCCGUAAAUUAUUCUUCCAUUAAGCAUGAAAGGGAAACAUACAAGCUGUUAUAUUAUUUAACUAUAGCAGGGUACUUAGAAGAGUAGUCAUUAAUCACCCACGGGAGAAAGCCAUGUUAUCUUUCGAGCUUUGUCUAUGAUCACGCUCUGUAAGAGGCUCAUAGAAUUUUGCUUAUUCAUGUUUAAAGGUAUUUUGGUAUUAAAUUAAUUUAAUGAAUCUUUGUAAGUUUUUUUGUAGGUAUUUAUGGACAAAGCUUCG